UUCACUGGCUCUUGAGCCGCUUAAAAUGACAGAGGUUCUUCGGUCGUCAGACUCUGCUAUGGAAGACAAAGAAAGCCACUGAAGACGGGCUUCUCAAAUCUUACUUCCAUGUCACGCGAUACCUACUGUAGAGGUAAGGAGCAUUCCACUCGAUCACUCCAUGGUCAUGCACCGCAACCUCAAGAUGAAGAUCCAUCAUCCAUAAUAUGAGGGUUUUAUGGUAAAUUCGGAGUAUAAAGAUGCGCACUGCUACCACGGUAAACCCAGGAAGCUAGCACCGAGCAAAUGAUCCAGCCUAAAACAGCCACCCCGCCCGUCCUCACGCGAAGCACUCCCCUCUUCUCGGCGGCCAUGAACCGCCAGCAGCAGAGCGAGAGAUUAGAGCUCCAGCUUAUUCUCCUCCCCUCGACAACCCCUAAUGACGCCGCCGUCUUCUCCCCCGCGUCCCCUCGGCCGCCGCCGAGCCCCUCCGACGACCACCCACCGGAGGAGCUGCUCGACCUGAGCCUCUCCAUGAGCAACGGACCACCGCCGCCGCCAUCGUCGGUCGAUCAGAAGAAGCCACCGGCGGCGGCGGCGGCGGCCGCAGCGUGGGGAGCGAUGCAGGCGCUGAAGCGGCAAACGACGGAGCAGUCCCGGCUGGCAUCGGCGGAGCGGGCGUACGCGGAGCGCGUGAUGGAGAUGGCGCGGCGGGAGGUGGAGCUGGCGGAGCGCGAGUUCGCGCGGGCGCGGGCCAUCUGGGAGCGCGCCCGCGUCGAGGUGGAGAAGAUGGAGCGCAUCAAGGAGAUGGCUUUCGCGGGCCGCCGGAUCGGCUUAGGCUCAGUCGCGGUCGAGAUCACCUGCCACGCUUGCAUGCAGCGGUUCCACCCGUAGCUAGCUCCAUCCAUCGAUAUCCUCAGCUAUGUUGUUCUGCUCGUAUCACCUGCUUUUUACUUGUAGUCUCUGGCCGGGGUGCUUAAUUUUUUCUCUUUGUGUAAUCAUGGAUUAUUUGGUCAUCUUUCGAUCGUCUCAUUAUAAUUCGAUGCUUUCAUAAAGCUA